CUCUCUUGCGCGGGAGCCAUACCCCAGGCCGGGCUUCUUUGGGGGCCGGAGCCGCCGUUGCCAUGCCCGUGCGCUCUGCUUCCAAAGGGCGCCAGCCGAGGGCGUCCCGUGGGCUUAGCCCCGCCGCCGCCUGCGCUCCCGAGUCUCCUUCCUGGUUAGCGGCGCUGCUGCUCACUCCCGGGCUGUUUCUUCACCUGCUUUGCCCGCCCAGGAGGAGAAGCGAAGCGGCUGUUGCAAAAAUCUGUAGCGGGAGCAGCAGAGGGAUGUGAAUCCACCUGGUGACCAAGAUGACUCUCUUACCAGGCGAAAAUUCGGACUAUGACUACAGCGCCUUGAGCUGUGCUUCGGAUGCCUCCUUCAACCCCUCUUUCUUUGCUGAAACAGAAACGCUCAAGGGAGUCUUUUACCAAAGGGCCAAACUCAUCCACCCCUCGGAAGAACUAUACGGAAGCAUUCGCCCGGAAGACCGGAAGCAUCACAUCAUCAUCAACGUGGGUGGCUUCAAAUACUUGCUCCCGUGGACCACUCUGGAUGAGUUCCCCUUGACCCGCUUGGGGCAGCUGAAGUUCUGCAACAACUUUGACGACAUCCUCAACAUUUGCGACGAUUACGACGUGACCUGCAACGAGUUCUUUUUCGACCGUAACCCCGGGGCGUUUAGGACCAUCUUGACUUUCCUUCGGGCAGGGAAGCUCCGUCUCCUGAGAGAGAUGUGUGUGCUUUCGUUUCAGGAGGAGCUGCUGUACUGGGGCAUCGAGGAAGACAACCUGGAGUGGUGCUGCAAGAGGAGGUACCUGCAGAAAAUGGAGGAGAUUGCGGAAAUGAACGAAGCGGAGGAUGAGUUCGCGGACGGCGAAAACCAGUGCGAAGCUGUGGCGGAGACGAAAGCCGGGCGUUGCAUGAAAAGAUUGCAAGACAUGGUGGAGAGGCCUCAGUCUGGGAUUCCUGGGAAGGUCUUUGCCUGUUUGUCGGUGCUGUUUGUGACUAUCACUGCCAUCAACCUUUCUAUCAGCACCAUGCCUGGCUUAAGAGAGGAAGAGGAGAGAGGCGAAUGUUCUCAGAUGUGCUACAAUAUUUUCGUGGUGGAAUCCGUCUGUGUGGGGUGGUUUUCCUUGGAGUUCCUCUUGAGGCUCAUCCAGGCGCCCAGCAAGUUUGUGUUCCUGAGGAACCCCUUGACCCUGAUCGAUAUCGUCGCCAUCCUCCCCUACUACAUCACCUUACUGCUGGACAGCACUUCGCUGGGCAGCAACAAGAAGCCGACCUCCGGCAACAUCUACCUGGACAAGGUGGGCCUGGUCCUCCGCAUCCUGCGUGCCUUGAGGAUUCUGUACGUCAUGCGUCUGGCCAGGCACUCGCUGGGCCUGCAGACUCUGGGGCUGACGGCCCGCAGGUGCACCCGCGAGUUCGGGCUCUUGCUGCUGUUCCUCUGCGUGGCCAUCGCGCUUUUCGCGCCCCUCUUGUACGUGAUCGAGAACGAGAUGGCGGACUCCCAGGAGUUCACCAGCAUCCCUGCCAGCUACUGGUGGGCCGUGAUCACCAUGACGACGGUGGGAUACGGUGACAUGGUACCCAGGAGCAUCCCGGGUCAGGUGGUGGCCCUGAGCAGCAUUCUCAGCGGCAUCCUGCUCAUGGCCUUUCCCGUCACGUCCAUCUUCCACACGUUCUCGCGCUCGUACAUCGAGCUGAAGCAAGAGCAGGAGAGGAUGAUGUACAGGAGGGCGCAGUUCUUAAUGAAAACAAAGUCCCAGUUAAGCAACGCAUCACAGGGGAGCGGCAUGUUUCCGAGCCUCCCUUCAGAGACCAGGAAUGACGGCUGAAACGGAAGUUUCCACGUCUGCCCUGUUGCCGAGCAAACAGUGACAGGAUUUCUUUCUCUCUCUCUCUCGCUUUUUUUUUAAAUCUCGGCAUUUGCUUCUGGAGGCGUUUGGGAGAGAUGGCAUUGUACAAAUAAACACGCAAAGGGCUUUUAGCCAUUAUGACCGUAGGGACUUGGUUCAUCAUUAUGUUGUAUUAGCAUUGCUGUUAGGGGGUGGGGGUGGGGGGGUAAGAUUGUUGCUUUCCAGUAGGCUGCACAAUUUGGGAUCAUGAAAUGGAGAUUUGUUUAUUUUUUAAAGUAAGAACAACAUGCAUCGUUAACCAAAAGGAGAACAGUGUAAAAUUACAUACUGGGCACAGCUGUUGCCAUUUGUAACGUAAAGAGGCAGGCCGUUUUCCAAGAG